CUGUCCUCUUCCUCCCUUUUAUCUUAUUCAUCAUGUUCCGUAAAGAGAUGGAGAAGUACAGGGAUGUGGAUGAGGAUGAGCUCUUGCAGAAGCUCAGUGAAGAGGAGCUCAGGAGACUUGAGGAUGAACUCGAAGAGCUUGAUCCUGAUAACGCACUGUUGCCAGCAGGAUAUAGACAGAGGGAUCAGACUAAAAAAUCUCCAACCGGAACGUUCCAGAGAGAUGAUCUUCUAGCUCACCUGGAGAAACAAGCCAAAGAACAUCCAGACCGAGAUGAUCUUGUGCCCUACACUGGCGAGAAAAGAGGAAAGGUGUGGCAGCCUAAGACAAAAGUGGACCCUAUCCUUGAAGAUGUCACUCUGGAGCCUGAACUAGAAGAGGCGCUAUCUAGUGCAACCGAUGCAGAAUUGUGCGACAUAGCAGCCAUCUUGGGCAUGCACACACUGAUGAGCAACCAGCAAUAUUAUGAAGCACUGGCCAGCAGUACUAUCGUCAACAAACAGGGUUUGAACAGUGUAAUCCAGUGCACUCAGUAUAAGCCAGUGCCAGAUGAACAGCCCAAUGACACAGAUGUAGAGGAAACACUACAGAGAAUCAAAAGCAAUGAUCCAGAUCUUAUUGAGGUCAACCUAAAUAACAUCAAGAAUAUCCCAAUCCCGACUUUGAGAGCGUAUGCUGAAGCUCUUAAAGGGAACAGUGUUGUGGAGCGCCUGAGCAUCGUGGGCACCAGAAGUAACGAUCCUGUAGCAUUUGCACUAGCAGACAUGCUGAAAGUGAACACCAUUUUGAAGAGUCUAAAUGUGGAGUCAAACUUCAUUACUGGAGCUGGAGUUCUUGCACUCGUGGAAUCCUUAAAGAGCAACACUACACUGCAGGAGCUAAAGAUUGACAACCAGAGCCAGCCUUUGGGUAAUAAGGUUGAGAUGGAGAUAGCUAACAUUUUGGAGAAGAACACUACUCUGUUGAAAUUCGGAUACCAUUUCACCCAGCAGGGCCCACGCUUGCGUGGAUCUAAUGCCAUGAUGAGCAACAAUGACCUUGCACGUGUAGUUCGGUCGGACACAGAUGGCGCGAUCACAUUCACUCUGUCGGUCCCUGAGCUGGAAAGAGCCUUCUGUAAAAAGUUCAAGUUCACAUCAAAAUCCAAUAAGAAAGAGAAGGCUUGAAGGAGGGCCCAUCUUUCCUAAAUGUCGGACAAACGUGUAGCAGCAGCAGCAGUGGGAGAACACUCUAUGGCCUGGGACCUGCACCAGUAUACUGUACAUCACAUCAUAUCGCACCCCAUCUCAACCCAUAUAUCCUCCCCCCAUUUCUGUCCCUUUUACAGGUAACCCAAACCCACAGGGCCAUCUAAAGAAAACAUGUUUAAUUCAAAGCCCCAAAAACCCAAAGGUACCACACUACUCUGUACUAUGGUUACCAGACACAGUUACUCAUGGCAGAGCGUUUUAUAAAUGUGUAAACUACCUGCCAUAACAUUAGUUGGGAAAAAUCACCUACUUGUUGAUUAGAUGAAAAUGGCGCUCGGUUAAUCACAAUGUUCUCAGCUGAAAUAAUUUUCUUGCUGUAAACAGUUUGACCUUAAAGGCUGGCAUAUUGCUGUGUUUGGAUGCACACCAAGAGCAUCAAACCUUCAACUUGACUGAUUGUAGCUGUGGUUUGCCUUCUCCGGGACAGUUUGAGUCUCACUAUAGUGGUAGUCCUCACGCACGUCGCAUAGAAGUGAAUUUUCAUUUGGGAUAUGCUGUAAUUGACAUGUUUUCUCUCUUUAAAUUUUAAACUGGUUAAUUUGUUGCUCUACAAAUGAAUUGUUGGAAAGUCACUGUAUUGUGGUUUCUAGUAUGCGCAUUUGACUCUAGAAUCAUGUGAGCUCCACUAUGCGGCGAAUACCAUUGGAAGUGCAUUGUUGGUCCAUAUUUGUCACCUCAAAUCACCAACUCGCAUUGAAAAUUAAGUCAGUAUGAAUAAUGAAUGUACUUUUAUUGGUCAGCUGAAAGCAGCACAACGUCUAAGCUCUAUGUAUAGGCACUGCUCCACCUUUAUGAAAUUAUUUAUAGAUUUUAUCAUUUUUGUUUGAUGCGAGAAAACAUCUUUCAUGUUCAGGACAAGUAUUUAAUUUUCUACAAUUAGCAAUAAUAUCUCUCUUUUAAUAUACUAACAGUCUCUCUCUAUGAUAACCACUUAUUAUAAAAUUAAUUUGAUGGACAUGUAGACGGUGUUCCCUGUAAGUGUUCCUCAAAUGCUUUUUACUCUCGAGUGAGGAUCAUAACACACAAUAGAAAAUUUGUCAUAAAACUAUAAGUAUUACUGUCUAUGCCUGCUCUCACGAAGUAACGUGUUGUUUUUUUUUUUACACUUUAUUAGAAUGGUAUGAAACAUGGAAAAAGGUUUUUGCAUUUGUUGUCUGAACACACACACACCAAAAAAAAUCUGGACACUAUUCAAAGAAGUUAAAUGGUCCUGAAAAAAAUAGCCACACUUGUAUUGUUUGCGGUCAAAAAUGACCGCUUUGGAAUUAAAUGUGAGACGAAUUUCAUCUAAUGGAAAUGUUGUUAUUGAGAACAAACAAAUUCUUACCGAAAGCUAACUGGAUUUUUCUCACAGUUUUAGAAUGUUUUGGAAAAUAUUUCAUAUAACAAAUUUAAAAUGGUAUUUUUAAAAAGAGACCAAACUUAAGUCUGAGGCUGAGCUCCAAAGCAUUGAAUAUUUAUGACUGUUUAAGUUGGAAAUUAAAUUUUCAGGUCCAUGCUCAAAAAAUGAAUAAAUUAAUUAUAACUACUGCAUAUAUAUAAUUUAGUACCAUAAAAAACCUCUAAAAAUAUUAAA